AUCAAUAUAAUUUUCCUCUCUUUUUCCUCUUCUUCCUUCCGCCAUCAUAAGGGUUUCUAACAUUUUCUCAAACAAUUCUGCAGGCACCUCGUGAAUUCGAGCUUUCACCCUAUUAAAUCCUGUUGUUUUUUAAGUCUUCUUACUCCCCAGAAAUCUCAUCAGACUCGCAAGUUUUUCGUCGAUUCUGAGACGAGGCCGUUUGAAUUCGCUGAUUCUUGCAUCGAGUUCUUCGCUUUCUCAUCCGGUCAAGACUCCAGUUUUGUGCUCUGCAGUUGGUGUUAGUUCAAGAAAGUCUGUGUUUGUGGGCUUCAGAGCCAGUCAUACAAUGGCCAGCCAGUCAAACCAGCCUCAAUCUGUCCAUGAUUUCACUGUUAAGGAUGCUAAGGGGAAUGACGUUGAUCUGAGCAUUUAUAAGGGAAAAGUCCUUCUGAUUGUCAAUGUUGCGUCACAGUGUGGCUUGACCAAUUCAAAUUACACCGAGCUAACAAAAUUAUAUGAGAAGUACAAGGAUCAAGGUUUGGAGAUAUUGGCAUUUCCUUGCAAUCAGUUUGGCUCACAAGAGCCUGGUAGCAAUGAACAGAUCCUGGAGUUUGCUUGCACUCGUUUUAAAGCCGAGUAUCCCAUAUUUGAUAAGGUUGAGGUUAACGGCUCGAAUGCUGCUCCACUAUACAAGUACCUGAAAUCAGCCAAAGGUGGUCUUUUUGGGGACAGCAUCAAAUGGAACUUCUCCAAAUUCCUCGUUGACAAGGAGGGUCGUGUUGUUGAUCGUUAUGCCCCCACUACUUCCCCUCUCAGCAUAGAGAAGGAUAUAAAGAAGCUCCUGGAGAAAGCUUAAGCGUUUACAUUGGUCUAGUUCGUUGUACAACUCAAAUAAUCUCCCGCGUCAAUGGUUAAGUGAAUAAAGCGAUACACCUUUGUUCGCCGUGUUUAAGAUCUUUACUGGGUUUUACUAUUUCAAAAGUACUUAACAUUCAAAUCCCCACACUGCUGUACAUUAUGCCAACUGAGUCUGUUGAUUGUUGGGAAAUGCUGUUAUUAUAUUCUUCUGUCUGGUGUCUGGUUCAUUUUGACUACUAUCAGUUUGUCCCUCUGCCGUUGUAAUCUCUGUGAACUGAAUAUACUGUCUACUCUUCUGGCAAUUUUCCUUUAAUGCUUUUGGCAUCUGGAAAAUUUGUUACUAAAGUCAGUAUAGGUUUUCUUCCUGAUGUACACGCUUGAGCGUUGUUGGGCUACAGCUCUGCAAGCAAAAAUGUCAAUUAUCAACAUGACAUGGUGCACCGUUCUCCUUGUUCCUCUUCUGCUGGGGGAGAACAGGGUUGUGAUUGCGUCUGUACCAUGUGCUGGUUAUAGUUCUUGUAGCUGGUUUGUUGUUGUGCAUCGUCCUUCACGAUGCAACUAUAGCA